AUGACAGCGGGGGAAGCGGAUGGGGGGAAUGAGGCAUUUCCUGCUUCGAUUUUCGCGCGCAGGAUCGCAAUUUCGGGCGCAGAGUCAGCUGAGCGCGACGAUCCAGGCAAUUAUCCCGCAGUUAACGAUCUUGAGCGGCAUUAUCCUGGGCAUGGAGACGUGCGGGUCAAGACAAAUUGGAUGGCGGAAGCGCCACGGAGAUGGGGGCAGCGGCAGCGUCGUUCGAGCAGGAGCCCGUGCCGGGGUGGAGAUGGUGGCGCGGGAGGUGUGGAAGGCUCAGGCAGAAAGGCUCAGGGGUGCGGGCUCAGGGAGUUAAGCGCCAGGUGGCCUGCUGCCGCAGACGCUUGUGCAGCCGCUGGUCAAAAAGCGGGAGAAACACCCGGCGAUAGGAAGGAAGACUCGAGUGUGGAGAGUCGGCACCUGCAUUUGCCUGCAUUUCCUACUAGCCAUGUGGCUGCCCUUGGUGCGGGCGGCGCUGCGACACCAGCCUAAACUGGCUGCCCCCCGCGGCCCUGGGUGCUGAGAGUUGUCGG